UUAAUACAACACAAUCCCAGUCUGCACAGCGUCUAUUCUACACUAUACGGUAGUGGCGGCGGGCUGGUUUUAUGUUACGGGGCGUUCUUCCAAUAUCUGACUUUUAAAUUCUGCUGGAGCCUUGGACACGAAUAUAGGUUAUUGGAGAAGGAAAAUGCUUAUGCAAAGAGUACACGUUUGUGCUGCAAUAAUACUUUGCAUUGCUGCACAUGCCUGUUUUUCAUCUGAAAAUCAGACAGUAAAUAAUAAUGUUACCAAAUCUGAAUCUAAUGAUUUAAAGUCAAUAUUAAAUCUGGCUGGGAAUAUUACUGAAAGUUUGGACACAGCAAAACCCGAUGAAGACCACACUCAGGCGCAGAGGAAUACCAGUGAAGAUGAAGAACAGAUGAACAAAGAGACCCAUGGAGCCAAACCAGAUUGUCCACCGCUGGGCUUGGAGUCUCUGAAAGUCUCUGAUGAUCAGUUGGAGUCAUCCUCGUAUUUGAGCGUUGGGCUUGGUCCUCACAGAGGACGCCUUAACAUACAGUCUGGUCUGGAGGAUGAUAAUGAGUAUGACGGAGCGUGGUGUGCCGGGGUGGAGGAUCAGGAACAGUGGUUGCAGCUGAAUGCUCUCAGACCAACACUCUUUACUGGCGUCAUCCUCCAGGGCAGAAACUCAAUCUGGAGCUUGAACUGGGUCCGCACAUAUAAAGUGCAGUUCAGUAAUGACUCGUCAGUCUGGCAGCCCUGCAUGAAUGGAUCAGAGGAGGCCGUUUUUGUCGGAAAUGAAGAUUUGGAGACGCCGGUUCUGGCUCUAUUUCCCCAGCCCUCAGUGGCACAAUACAUUCGCAUCAACCCACAGACCUGGUUUAGCAAUGGCACCAUUUGCCUCCGCGCUGAAGUGCUGGGCUGCCCAGUGCCAGAUCCUGACAGCCCACAUUUUUCUGAGACCGAGGGCAGAUCUUCAGAUGACCUUGACUUCAGACACCAUAAUUACAAUGAGAUGAGGAAGUUAAUGAAGUCUGUGAAUGACGAGUGUCCAAAUAUCACACGGAUCUACACUAUUGGGAGGAGCUACACUGGACUGAAGCUUUAUGUUAUGGAAAUAUCCGAUAACCCUGGAAAACAUGAGCUUGGUGAGCCGGAGUUUCGUUAUGUUGCCGGGAUGCACGGGAACGAAGUUUUAGGUCGGGAGCUUUUGCUAAAUCUUAUGCAGUAUAUCUGUCGUGAAUAUAACCGAGGCAAUCAGCGCAUCAUACAGCUGGUGAAGGACACACGCAUCCACCUGUUGCCAUCUAUGAACCCAGACGGAUAUGAAGCAGCCUAUGAGAAGGGUUCAGAACUGUCAGGCUGGGCUCUUGGACGCUACAGUUUUGAAGGCAUUGACAUGAACCAUAACUUCCCUGACCUCAACAAUAUCAUGUGGGAUGCUCAGGAGUUAGCCGUGGGGAAGAGGAGAGUGAGCAACCAUUACAUUCCCAUGCCAGAGUACUACACCUCGACCGAAGCAUUAGUUGCCCCAGAGACGCGUGCUGUAAUCAACUGGAUGCAGGACAUCCCGUUUGUAUUAAGUGCUAAUCUGCACGGGGGAGAACUGGUGGUCACUUACCCUUUCGACUGCACACGUGAUUGGAUCCCUCGCCAGGACACGCCCACCGCAGACAACGAUUUCUUCCGUUGGCUGGCCACUGUCUAUGCAUCCACCAAUCUGGUGAUGGCAAACCCUGAGCGGAGGAUCUGUCACUCUGAAGACUUCCAGCAGCACAACAACAUCAUCAAUGGAGCGGACUGGCACACUGUACCAGGGAGUAUGAAUGACUUCAGUUACCUUCACACGAAUUGUUUCGAAAUAACUGUCGAACUGUCCUGUGAUAAGUUCCCACAUGCCAGUGAGCUUCCUAUCGAGUGGGAGAACAACAAAGAGUCUCUCCUGCUGUACAUGGAGCAGGUGCACAGAGGCAUAAAGGGCGUCAUCAGGGACAAGGACACUAGAGUUGGUAUUGCAAAUGCUGUCAUUAAGGUGGACGGCCUGGACCAUGACAUAAGAUCAGCUGUAGAUGGCGAUUACUGGCGUUUGUUGAAUCCAGGUGAGUACAAGAUCAUGGUGUGGGCAGAAGGUUAUUUCCCGCGCAUCCGCCACUGCUCUGUAGGGUCAGAGCCCCACGCGACCAUCUGUGACUUCGCCCUCACCAAGACCUCGCAGGAUCGUCUUAAACAGAUCCUGGCCAGUGGUGGGAAAAUUCCCCGGGACAAUCAGGUACGGAUCCGAGCCACACGAAUGCGCAAACUCCGCGCCAGCACCAAGAUUCUCAACCGCCGCCGAGAACAACAGCAGCGUCUCAACAAAGUUAAACGGAAGUGAUCAGCUCAUGUAUAGUAAAAUAAUGAGCCGGUCUGCCGCAGGUUGAGAGACUUUGAGAUUCUGGACUGUAAACUGGCAGAACAGCUUCCUCUACACUCCUAAAAGCUCCAUUUCUUUGAAAAUGAGAUAAGAGACAACUGUUCCCCAAAGCCAGUCGAGCCUUAUGAAUGAUUUAUAGCUACUUGUUUUCACUUUUUCAACUGUUUUCCUCAGUCUGAGUACACAGUGUCCCUAGGUCUGCUGUUCAACAUUUGAAUGUUUUUUUGUUUUUUUUACCGCUAACAGAGAUUUCUAAGAAUGCCUCAUUUGUGAGCGAGACUCUGAGAUUGUAGCUGGUUUCUACACUCAGAAUGUAAUGAUGAUAUUAUAAUAAAGCUAAUAAA